AUGGAAGAAUUCCCUAUAAUUGCCCACCGUCCAUCCUCAUUCCUUAGAUUUUCGGCAUCUUUCUUUAAAUUUCCAGUUUUCUUUCGACGUUCAAGGGGUAGUUCAACAAGAAGCAGCCCUAUAUCUAGAUUAAUAAGUCCAAGAGAAACUCCCUCAACUAGCUCUAUAUCUCCAAUGGUUGAAUCAGUAACAAGUUUGCCAACUGUAUUAAAUGGUAGUUUGUUAACAGCUUCAGAUAGUACUCGACAUAAACCUUUGCUUAGACCCGAAGAAAUUAAAUUGGUUGCACAGACAUUGAAAAAAGCUCUUCAAACAGUUGAUUUUGGAAAUGAAAUUGUUAUUCGACUUUUAAAUGAUAAAAGAUCUCUCUACAAAAGUUUAUUGGCUAGAUGUGCACCACAAGCACACGAAAUUGAAGUUUUUGAUGUUCAAAGUUUGGCACGUUUUUGUCCGAGAGCUGUGCAAGUUGGGAAUGGAGUUACUCGAUUUUUUGAACGUAUAGUAAUUGCUUUAGAAGAUGAAUAUCAAAAUAUAAUAGAAUUAGAAGAAAAAUUAGCAGAAAUGUGUAGAGCUAAUGGACAAAUGCAUUAUAGAAUGAAAGUUUGGUUUCAGGCAGAAAAUUGGUUAUGUGUUAAACAUUCUGUUGUUGAUACUGUUUUAAUGGCUAAUUCUAAUUUAAAAAGGGGGAAACAAAUUUUUGCUAGAAGUGCUGGAGAUCUUUAUGGACUUACAAAACAAAAAAAUUGGUUAAAUUGUGUAGAGACUUUGGAACAUUGUAAAAAUGAAAAACAUUCAAUAGGGGUAGUUUGGAUGAAAUUAAUGCAAGCAGUUAUUGCUUGGAUGAAACAAGGGUUUCUUGAGGCAGCAAUGUCUAGCAAAGAAGAACAUGAUGAAGAACUUUAA